UUUUGGCGUCGGCGGCGAGUUUCUGCCUCAGUCGGGCGCAGCCGCCGCGGCGGGAAAGAAAGGGAGGAAGGAAGGGGCCCCCGGAGGAAGCCGGGCAGCGGGGGAGGGGAGGCCCCGCGUCCGUCGGGGGAGCGCAGCGGCCGGGGGACAGCGCCGGGGGCCGCGGGGCGCGGGCGGGCCUGCGGCGCAGCCUCCCCCCCCGGCCGCGACCCCGACCCCGACCCCGUCGCCCGCGUCGCCGGGCAACAUGGAUCCCGGGCCGCCGUCUCAGCCGCCGCAGCCCCCGCCGGCCGCCGCGCAGGGCCAGGGGCCGCCCGCCGCGCAGCCCCCCUCGGGCCAGGGCCCCUCGGCGGCGGCCGGGCCGCCCGCGCCCCCGGGGUCGCAGGCGGCGCCGCAGGCCCCCCCGGCCGGCCACCAGAUCGUGCACGUUCGGGGGGACUCGGAGACCGACCUGGAGGCGCUCUUCAACGCCGUCAUGAACCCCAAGACGGCCAACGUGCCCCAGACGGUGCCCAUGCGGCUGCGGAAGCUGCCCGACUCCUUCUUCAAGCCGCCGGAGCCCAAGUCGCACUCCCGCCAGGCCAGUACUGAUGGGGGCACCGGAGGAGCCCUGACCCCGCAGCAUGUUCGAGCUCAUUCCUCGCCUGCUUCCCUGCAGCUGGGCGCCGCGUCCCCAGGGAGCCUAACGCCUACCGGGGUGGUCUCGGGCCCAGCAGCGACCCCCACCGCUCAGCACCUUCGACAGUCUUCUUUUGAGAUCCCUGAUGAUGUCCCUCUGCCGGCGGGCUGGGAGAUGGCAAAGACGUCCUCUGGUCAGAGAUACUUCUUAAAUCACAUCGAUCAGACGACAACGUGGCAGGACCCCAGGAAGGCCAUGCUGUCCCAGAUGAGUGUCACAGCACCCACCAGCCCCCCCGUGCAGCAGAGUCUGAUGACCUCGGCCUCAGGUCCUCUUCCUGAUGGAUGGGAGCAAGCCAUGACUCAGGAUGGAGAGAUAUACUAUAUAAACCAUAAGAACAAGACCACCUCUUGGCUAGACCCAAGGCUUGAUCCUCGUUUUGCCAUGAACCAGAGGAUCAGCCAGAGCGCCCCGGUGAAGCAGCCUCCACCCCUGGCCCCGCAGAGCCCUCCGGGGGGCGUCCUGGGCGGCGGCGGCCCCGGCCCGCAGCAGAUGCGGCUGCAGCAGCUGCAGAUGGAGAAGGAGCGGCUGCGCCUGAAGCAGCAGGAGCUGCUCCGCCAGGCAAUGCGGAAUAUCAAUCCCAGCACAGCAAAUUCUCCAAAAUGUCAGGAAUUAGCUCUUCGUAGCCAGUUACCAACACUGGAGCAGGAUGGCGGGACUCCAAACCCGGUGCCUUCCCCUGGGAUGUCUCAGGAACUGAGAACAAUGACCACCAGUGGCUCGGAUCCCUUUCUAAACAGUGGCACCUAUCACUCGAGGGAGGAGAGCACAGACAGCGGGCUGAGCAUGAGCAGCUACAGCGUGCCUCGGACCCCGGACGACUUCUUGAACAGCGUUGACGAGAUGGACACAGGCGACACUAUCAACCAAAGCACCGUGCCCCCCCAGCAGAGCCGUUUCCCAGACUACCUAGAAGCCCUUCCGGGGACAAAUGUGGACCUUGGCACGCUGGAGGGCGACGGGAUGAGCAUGGAAGGGGAGGAGUUGAUGCCCAGCCUGCAGGAGGCCCUGAGCUCUGACAUCCUCAGCGACAUGGAGUCCGUGCUCGCCGCCACCAAGCUCGAUAAGGAGAGCUUUCUCACGUGGUUGUAGAGCCCGCAGGUAGACCGAGUGCCACAUCUGUGAAGGAUCCAAGGAGAGGUUCCCCAGUGAGCCCGUCGCAGUCUCCGGGCUCACGCCGGAGAAGAGGAAUAGACGUCCCGCAGGAUUCUUCGAUCCGUUGUUUCGCUCUUCUUGUCCGUUGCUGCUGUUGAUAUAUUGCUGACCUCUUUCAUAGUUGGCUCUAAAGAAUCAAAAAACAGUUUUUGGUUUCUUUUGCUAUUAUAACUACUGUUUGUUUGGGGGGCUGGGGGCAGUGAGCCUGUAGGGACGACGGAUGCCAUGCCUUGCGCCCAGUUAGGUGUUCGCCCGUCAUGUCGAGCAAACAUGCGGACUUGGGAGUCAGAUGCGUCACGUCACAGCAUUUCAUUUGUGCGGGCGGUUGUCUGUCCAGUGGCCUUCGGCCGGUGGGAAAACAUUAAUUACCGGUCAGUCGAGCCGGAGCGAUUCACCAGUGCUCAGUGCUUCGUGCUGAUUCGAUGAGCUCGUUGGAACCACGGCUGGAGACCGCUUCACUUUCAGUGUUUUUCCCUCCUCGUGCUAUCAUUAGUCACGUAGUGACCUUGAUUUUAUUUUAGGAGCUUAUAAGGCAUAAGACAGUUUCCGUAGAAAUGUAUUAAUUAUUGACACAUACUCUAGUAUAGGUUUUGCUGGGUUUUAUUCUGGGUUUGUUGUUUUGAUUGGUUGGGCUGUGUCUUUUCUGUUUUUUGUUUUAGUUUCUGUUUUUUUUCCAGAAUCUAGACAAAUUAUCAUAGUAGCAACUCUGUAGUUGUAGCUGGGGGGCAACUAUUAAAAUCUACAUUUCCUGAUUUUUUACCAUCUUAUUUAAAUCUUGAUUAUCCGCUCUAUAUAUACCCACACACACACUUAUAAUGUUUAUGAUAGCGUGAUAGCAGAAUGUAUCUUUUUUUUUUUUUUUUUUAAGGUUUCCCUACUGUCCAGGUUAUUUUAACACAGUAGUUUUGAAUGUGUGCGUUUAGAAUAUGUGAGUAGUGGUCGUACCGCACGGGUGGUUAAAUCUGUCGGGGCAGUGUGCGGACAUUAGCGGUAGUUUAGUGUUCUAGAAAGAGCUAUUGUCACGGAGAGCGUCUAGAGGACUGUGUGCUCACUGGGCACAUGGUGUUGUCCCAAUGAAUUUGAAAGAAGCAAACAAGAUAAGGCUGUAUUUUCCCCUUGACACUCCCUUGGACUAAUUUUGAGCCUCGAUGGGAAAUCACUAUGUAAGUUCAUAAUGUACAUGACAGAAGUAAGCUUUACAUGUGGUUUACCUUUCUUUAGCUCUGGAAAUUGACCUUUGUCCUAGAUUUGGAAGUCAGUUCUAGUCUCUCAGUUCUUGCUUGUAACACACAUAUUGAGGACUGUGUUGAGAUACUACAAGAUUGUUCUUACUUAAACCAGACGUGCUCCUACUUAUACAUGGUGAGAAUCGACCCUGGACAGCAUAUAGGAUCCUGCCAAGGCGGUGAGUUAGCUGGUGAGGUGAUCAGAUUAAUAAAUGUAUAUCGGUAGUUGAGUUUAGCACAGAAAUAGAGAUAAUCAUGAUUAUACUUUUAUUUUUACAGGAAGAGAUAUAACUAGAGUAUGUCUACAGGAAGAAUAAUAAUGGUUUCCAAAGAGUAUUUUUUAAAGGAACAAAAUGAGCAGGAAUCAACUCUUCAGUAUAAGCUAUGAAGGGACUAGUCGGCCGUGAGUCAUAGUGGUACCAGCGAGUGCCUCUGGGAUUGAGGGUCUUUCAGUAUUUCUGGAAUAAGCCCUUAUUUUCAAGGGUUUAUAACUGACAUAAGAAGAUCUUUUUUCUUGGCUAAAACUGCUAUGAAAAGCCUCAGCUUGGAUAGAUUUUCUUUUUUUUUUUUUAAAUUUCAAAAAUCUGAGUAUUUUGGGCCUUCAGUGGAGAGGACUACAAUAGUUGGGAAUGAGAAGUUCUAUCUUAAGUACUUUUAGUGCUCAAAAAUGAAAUGACUGUGUUGUAUAUAAUGACUCAUAGGUCGAUCAUUCAUUACUAUUGACUCUAAGACUUCUUGUUAGGAAAGCAGCAGAAAGAGUAAAUCUUGAAUUAACUCUGAGGGGAAAUGGCCACUGUGGAGAUUCCUUGACUUUUUUUUUUUUUUUUUUUUAAGAGCAAUAAUGAAAUUGUACCCAGAAUGCAUGAGUGAGUGUAGGGACCGUCCAGCGGGUGUUGGUUUCCUCGUGCAGAGGUGGGAGCUGCGUGCAGGGGGUGCCUGCGUGGCCAGGAAGAUCGUGUCUUCAGCCUCCGCAGAGUAGCUGUAGGCUUGGGCGGCUGGGGACGUGGGAGGGGUGGCGAGGACUUGUGGGACCUUGACAGAGAACUUGAUAAGCUCCACUUUUUCCCUGUAAAGACUUGGCUUGCGUCUUGCUGUCACUGAAGGCCUUCGUUCCUCCGAGUUCCAACACUUGAGUGCGCCCACGGAGCGGGGACCCAGGGUUCUUCCUGUCCCCCAGACUCUGGCUUGCCCAGUCACCCCACAGUGUCCCUGAGGUGCUGGGGACCCUGACCGCACCCUCCAUUCACCUGAAGGACACGUAGCAGUCCUUCCUUCUUUCUGAUUUGAAUCACAGCCUGGAUGUGGUCUGUCUUGUUCUGUGUCCUUGUUCCUAAUGUUAACGUGUGUAACUGCUUCUUGGUUGUACUGGGUAGCGUCGGGGUAAGAUUUUAACUGGGUAUUCUUGAAUUGCUUUUACAAUAAACCAGUUUUAUAACCUUUCAGUUUA